AUGCGUUUCGCUCUCGCUGCCGUUGCCCUCGCUGGCGCCGUCAUGGCCACCGAUGAUGCUACCAGCACCGUCUACUCCACUGAGUACUACACCGUCACGUCCUGUGCCGCUGAGGUCGGCACUAACUGCCCUGCCAGCACCGCUACGGCCUCUUUCCCCCCGUCGGGCUCCGUCAUCCCCCCGGUCUCGACCCUGACCACUGAGUCCGCCGCCCCGGCCUGCCCCACCACCUCGGUCAAGACCAUCAAGACCUCGAUCACCACCGUCAUCCCCACCAUCAUCUACGAGACUGUGGACAUCCCCUGCGCCACCGAGACCCCCACCGUCACCCCCUCGGGCUCUCCCACUGGCGCCAACCCCGGCGGCCCCAUCGAGACUGCCGGCGCUGCCACCUACGGCGCUUCGGCUCUCUUCGCCGCUGCCGCCGGCCUCUUCGCCCUCAUGGCUUAA